AUGGGGUGUGCCAGGACACAGAUCGACAGCCACCAGAGCACCAGCGAGUCGACGAUGGAGACGUCCGCACGUCUGUUACUGAUUCUGAUGCUUUUCCAACUUUACUCGGCACAAACACUCACUGGAGACAAUGACAUCCGGCUUCAACUGCCCGAUGUUAAGAAUGAUGAGGGAGGCCAGGACCAGGAGACUCUGAGCUCAGAAAUCUGGACUGAACUGAGGGAACUGAGAGACAUGGUGGUGGAGCUGAGAGUAGAAGUGAACCAGCUGAAGGAGAGAGCCACCGCUGCCGAGAGCCUCAUGGAUGCCCUUCAGUAUACGAAUAAUGCCUUGGAGAUCCGGGUAACUGUGGCUGAGCUGCUGGUGGAGGAGCUGCAGAUGGAGAAUGAUGCUCAAGCUACAGAGCUAACAAACACACAGCAGGAGCUCUUCAUUUUACGGGAAAGAAUGACAGCAGGUGAAAGUCAUGCAGAGAAGCUGGAGACACAACAGAAAGAGCAGAAUGCAGCUUUGCAAGAGCUACAAGAUACAAACAGAGAGAGCAAAGUGGCAUUUUCUUCCUCCCUUUUGGCAUCUGGUCACGGUAACAUUGAAAAUGAUGUUCCUACCCAACUCAUCUUCAGAAAUGUCUUCACCAACAUCGGAAACCACUACAACCCAAACACAGGUUACUUCACUGCGCCACUUCGAGGAGUGUAUUAUUUCAGGUUCACUGUCCAUGUUGCGCACUCUGAUUUCGGUUUUGGGAUGACACUUGUCAAGAAUGGAAAUGGUGUGGUUUUCAUCGGGGACAGGCCCACCUCAGACACAGAUGCCGAGGACAGUGCAUCCAACGGCGCAGUGCUGCAGUUAGAAGUGGGAGAUGUUGUCUCUUUACAAAGUUGGGGACAAGUAUGGGAUGACGAGUACCACAGAACCACUUUCAGUGGCCUUCUGCUCUUUCCCAACUAA